AUGUCCUUUGGUUUUUCAGUCGGCGAUUUCGUCGUUCUCACGCAACUUGCACAAAACGCAAUACACAAUGCCCAAAAAGCCUGCGGUGCUCACGACGAGCUAGUGCGAGAAGUCAAGAGUCUUCACAUAGUCCUCCGCCGCACCGAGGCAGAGGUCUCGCACCCAAACUCAAUUCUCAAUCGGGAGGAUGACGACCGUCGAGCCGAACUCGGUAGCCUUGCAAGUCACUGCAAAAAAGUACUAAAAGUGCUCUGCAUGGUAUUGAAAAAGUACAAUGCGCUUUCCAAAAAAAAAAAGCGUCACCAAACUUUGGAAACAAAUCAAAUUUGGGAACGGGAAAUGCAGGACUUGGAUCACAUCAGAUCUGAACUUGUUACGCAUACGCAAGCAUUCACCAUUUUUCUGAACUUGCUCUCGAUUGGGUCACAGGGGAAGGUAGAGGAGUUUAUGGGAUCACAAGGGAAAGAAUUACGAGAUAUCAAAUUAUCUAUGAACUGGGUCACAGCUUCUUCGAUAUCCCGCCGCCACGAACAGUCUAUAUUGACGACAUACGCUGAAGACGACAAGGAAACAUGGAAAUGUUUCCGAAGAGAACUUAUCAAGGAGGGCUUCACACACACAUCUCUAAAAGGGAACAUGGAAAUCAUUAAGCAGUUUGUCACGGAAUUAGGAGAGAGGGGAGCAUUGGAUGGCCUGGCACCAGAACAUGACUUCGCCAAUUCUAGGAUCCCGUCCAUUCCAAGAGGAAAAACAAGAGGAAAGACAAGUGGAAAGACAAAAGGAAAGACUUUAGUAGACAAUUCUACUGUCAAGCGUCCUUUCCAGCUUGGCUAG